AUGAAAAAGAAGAAGAAGAGAACUUGCCUCAAAUCCCCACUUUCUUCUGCAAAUUCAAUUAUAAUUCCAGAACCUGAAUUCUACUUACCAGAUGACUGCUGGGAGCUUGUUUUCACAUUCCUCAUCAACCCGGUGGAUGUUUUCACAUUCCUCAUCAACCCGAUUGUUAUCGUCUCUAAACAAUUCCUCUCCAUCACCAACCGUAUCAUAUUCUCUACCACAAUUUGUUAUCCACGACUUCGUUUUCUCCCUCGUUUCUUCCGAAGAUUCUCCAACCUUAAUUCCCUUGACCUCUCCUUCGGUGGCUCCCGUGAUCUCGAUGCCAGCAUUGCUUUGGCUCUCCGUGACAGACCAACAUUGAAAUCUUUAUCUAUUUACAGGAUUGACUUAAGAGAUGCAAACUACAUUACUUCAUAUUACAUUGAUUCUUUCCUGAGUUUGAAGGGUUUGGAUUCUCUUAAGUUCUCAUAUUCGCAAAUAUCUGAUGAUUUGCUUUAUUCUAUUGCUCGGGAAGGUCUUCCUUUGAACAAGUUUGUUCUUCAAAGUUGUACCGGCUAUAGUUAUAAUGGAAUCUAUGAUUUAUUAUCCAAAUGUCCAGGGAUACAACAUUUGGGUCUUCAAGAUGUUGAUUUUCUAAGUAAUAAUCAUUUAUCCGGCUUGUCUUUGCUUCUUCCCGAUUUGAUAUCUAUAAACCUUAGUGAAUGUUCCAAACUCACAGAAUCAACUUUGUUUGCAUUCAUUAAGAACUGUCGUUCACUUCUUGAGAUCAAAAUGGAAAGCAUAUAUUGUGAGAGAAAGAAUGUAGAAAAUGUAGAUAUUUUGAAAGAUUUUGAUGUCAACCCUCAAUUGAAGUUUCUACAUUUUUCUGAGAAUUCAUUUGUAAACGACAAGAUCAUCGUAAUCUUUGCUUCCAUUUUCCCCAAUUUGCAUCUUCUUGAUUUGAGUUAUUGCCAUCGCAUAUCUGGAAAAAGUAUUUCUCAAGUUCUAACUAGAUGUUGUAAGGUUAGAUAUCUAUACUUAACCAGUUGUGAAAAAGUGAGACGAAUCAAAAUGAACGUUCUAAUUCCCCAACUAGUGGUAUUGAACUUGUCUGGUACAAGUGUGGAUGACAAAACACUUUAUGAAAUUUCAAAGAGUUGUUGUGGACUUUUGCAUCUAUUUCUGAUAGGUUGUAAAUAUAUCACAGAAAACGGAGUGAUACGUGUGGUUGCGAGAUGCAGACGACUGAAGGAGAUCUGUUUCAAAUGUUGUGAUAAAGUGAAUGUUGAUGCUAUUAUCUCAAUUCUUUCAUCAAAUCCAUCAUUAGAAAAAGAUAACUGCUCUUGUGAAAUUAGGCUUAGGUUUUGA